CUGAACAUAUGACUUUCUGUACAGAGAAAUCAUUUAAUAAAAAUAAUAUAUUUAGUUGCAUGCUAAACAUUUUAAAGAUUUUAAAGAAACAUUUAUUAAAAGGCGAUUGAAUACUUAUGUUUAAAAAUUAUAAUGAAACUAAUAUGGAGAGUAAAAUUAUAAGUAAUAACUGUAAAGAAAAUACUAAGCAUCGUACUAUUUAUCAGGAGGAUAAUAAAGAAAAAGAACUUUGGGACAACGAAAUCUCCAACGAAGAAGAAUCCUUAUGUUCUAAUACAAUUUCGCCACUUGAGUCAAAAAUGACAAACGAAAUAACUAGAUCUUUGUCUAUGGAAUUUUCUUCUUUUUCUCUAUAUGAAAACAACAUGUUAAAUACAAGAAUAAUACCACAAAGAAAUAUCAUGAAACUGUACUAUAAGAAUGAAAUGGAACUAGUUUCUAUAAGAAAGAAACAAUGCGAAUUCAAGAGAGCUAAUAAGACAUUUACAAUUGAAGAACUUAUGAAAAUAGAUCGUGAGAAUCGAAUUUUAAUGCAAAAGAUAUUAAACAUCAAAACACCACAAAGCAAAAUAAAACCACAUUACCUUCAAAAGACGUAUAGUUGUUCUGCUAUUAAUAGAAAAAAGAUUCAAAGAAAAAUUGAGGAAGACAACAUGAUAUUAUUAAAAAAAAUACAACAAGCAAGACCACACGUGAUACAAUAUUCAAACUUGAAAAAUUAAAGAUUACAAUGAACCUCAACUUUAAGAGAUAAUAUUUAAUAUUUACAGUGUAAAACAUUUGAGUUAAAUAUAAUAAAUAAAAAGAAAAAAGA